AACACCUGUUCAGUUCAUCCGCAAAGUCAACAGUUGGCAGCAAGCUCUUCAAUAUGAAAUCAAUUCUCCUCAUUUGCCUGAUUCUGGGUUUGUCUUUAAGUCAUAUCAGUGCAAACUGCUCUGGAGAUUGUCCCGAUACCGAGGAUGUUGUUUGGGCUCUUGGUGGCGGUUGCAUUGUUUUCCGCAAUAAAUGCUACUUCGACAAGGAGAAUUGCCAUCGCAAGCCAGCACUGACCAUCGCAACUAAGGAGGAAUGCCAGAAGCAAUGUGCCGAUAUUUGCCCAGCCAUUUACCAACCGACAAGUGGAUCGUACAAAGGUCAGCUUCGAACCUUUGGAAAUGAGUGCGAAAAGCAAGCUCACACUUGUAGGACAGGCGAAACGUUUUUGUAAAACAAGUCAAUCCAGCCAAACAACCCAAGAACAACUCAAAUGAAAACAAAAUCUAUGACUUAACUAGUAGUUGGUUAUUUACAUAAAGAACUGGUGUACCAUUAAUUUAAAAGUUAGAAUAGUUUUAUGAUUGACAGUUGAUUCGU